GGCCGCCGCGGCUGCUUUUCAAGCCGGGGAGCGAGGGAGCGCGCGCGUGCUUGGGAGCGCGAACCUGGGGCUGCUGCUGCCGCCGGGAGCGGCGCGGCACCUUAAGGGAGGAGCCGCCGCUCAGGGGACGCGGAAACGCACCAGUGUCCGGCAGUAGCAGGAGCCUGGGCAGGCCCCGCCCCCUGGCAGUAGCUCAGUUUCCAACUCUUCAUCUUUGGUCCAGGCAGCCCCCUGCAGCCCAUGCCCUUGCCAGCCCCAGCAGCCCACGUCAGCGCAUCCAACACCUUGACCGCCCCGCUCCUCCCACAAGCGGCUGCAGCGCAGCUCCUUCCCUUAUCAUCUUUGCUCCCUGCUCCACCACUUGCGCUUUGGUCACGGUCUCCUCCCAACUCCUGCUAAACCGCAGUGACAGGAACUGGGCCCCUCCCCUCCAGACCUAUGGCACAGGACGCCUGCCCCAGCUCUGCACUCACUGUAGGGGACUGUGCAGACAUGAAUCCCAGGAAGGUGGCUCUCAUCACGGGCAUCACUGGCCAAGAUGGCUCGUACUUGGCUGAGUUCCUGCUGGAAAAGGGCUAUGAGGUGCAUGGAAUUGUUCGCCGAUCUAGUUCUUUCAACACUGGCCGAAUUGAGCAUCUCUACAAGAAUCCACAGGCUCACACUGAAGGAAACAUGAAGCUGCACUAUGGUGAUCUCACAGACAGUACUUGCCUGGUGAAGAUAAUUAAUGAAGUGAAGCCCACUGAAAUCUACAACUUGGGAGCUCAGAGCCAUGUCAAAAUUUCUUUUGACCUAGCAGAAUAUACUGCUGAUGUUGAUGGAGUUGGCACUUUACGGCUUCUUGAUGCUGUUAAGACCUGUGGCCUUAUCAACUCUGUGAAGUUCUACCAAGCCUCAACCAGUGAACUUUAUGGGAAAGUUCAAGAAAUACCACAGAAGGAGACUACCCCUUUUUAUCCCAGAUCUCCAUAUGGAGCAGCCAAACUGUAUGCCUACUGGAUUGUGGUGAACUUCAGGGAGGCCUACAAUCUCUUUGCUGUGAAUGGCAUUCUCUUCAAUCAUGAGAGUCCCAGGAGAGGGGCUAACUUUGUAACUCGAAAAAUUAGCCGAUCAGUAGCUAAGAUUCACCUCGGACAGAUGCAAUAUUUCAGUUUGGGCAAUCUGGAUGCUAAAAGAGACUGGGGCCAUGCCAAAGACUACGUUGAGAUGAAUAGUUUGGCUCUUGUUGCCUUGCUCUCUGUGCACAGCAGACUUGGCACAUCGCAGACCUUUCAAGGUACCGUCAAAGUGGGAAGACCUGUUAAAGGACAUUCACCCAAGAUGGAUUGGCAGACAAUAGGAGAACAUCCUUUUCACAGAAAGCAGCUCAUCAGGAAAGCAUCAGCCCAGCUUCUCUGUAGUUAGCUGAAUGCAGAUGAGAGCCAUGAUUAACUCUGAUGAGUGACUAGGGAUUUAUUGUUUGCUUAGAGAUAAGACAUGGGCUUCCUUCGUUGGCACUUUCAGUCAAAUAGUACAGUCUUAGUUUGCUAAACUUCUUUUUUUUUAAGUGAUUUUUUUUACCAAAGCCUUUAUGCUACUUAGGUGCUUUUUGUUGUUGUUGUUUCAAAUUGUCUGAGCCCUUUGUCAUUUGGGCCACAGAAAUCUGGACGUUCUUUACUUGCAUCACAUGUUCUGCAUCCAACAGUGCUUUUUCUGUUCGACGCUUGCCCUCCUCCCAAAGCUGAAAUAAAUCAAAGUUGGUUGAGACUCAGUCGCAAUAAAUCAAGACCUGUCCAAAACUGGAGCCUGCCCAGUCAAAAUGUCAUAGCUUGGCUUUCACUGAGGAUUAAUUAAAGGCCUGAUAUAAAGCCCAGAUGUGCUUCAGGAGAGUAGCAAAAUGCCUGGUGGUGACUAUACUAAAAAUCAAGUCUCCCCAUGAAUCUGCCCACCCAAGAACAUGGAGGAGGAUAAGGCUGGGAGGGAGAGAAGGAGUAAACUGAAUCAAGCAUGUUCUCUGUGAUUUUACAACAUCUAGCUUGUUGGAAAACAAGACGAGCUUUAUGUUAUAGCACCUUUGGAAAAAAAUAAUAAAGGUGCAUAUAAUAAUUCUAACAGCAGCAGUGAACACAAUUGUUAAAAUUAAUC